CCUGGCCGGACGCACCUCAAUCCAUCGACGAAGCUGAUGAUGUUGAUGAUGCAUCCAUUGUUCGUCCCCCUUCCUUCCUUCCCGAUUUUGCACCGCACUUUUGCAUGUAGCGAUGUGGUGCGAAAGCGCGGUUUGCUCGCGGUGGUCUUCCUGCAAAUUGGGGCGGGGUGCGUGGUGGACGUAGCUGGGUGGGGUGGAGGAGGGGGAGGAAGAGGAGGACCCAGGCUGGGGAAUCUGGCUGCAUCUUCUGGUGGAGUAUAUGCCCAUCAGUCACUUCUCCAUUCACUGGGAACUCUAGUGAGGUGGAGAUCGAUUCACCGGCCUGUCGGAUCUGGCCACAGUGGAAGAGGGAGUGGCGCAACGUGAGCAUGAUAGCGCAUUUAGAUGAGAACCCGGGGAAAAGCUAAAUCUUCCGUUUUAAAUCUCACCAUCGUGACUGUUGUUGUGGGCCGACGACGAGCUGUGGGCGGUCCAGGGGUGGUCUUUCGUUAGUGGAUGUGGGAUUCGGACACGAUACCAGCUGUCAUGCUUGCAGCUUCCGCUUCAGUGUUUGGGUUUCGAGGGUGAGGCUUUUUGCUUGCGACGGGAGCCGGUAGCAGUUGGAGGAGUAUUUCGAUGACUGGUGAUGUGUUGCUGGUUUGAGGCCAGACGUUGGUUUUGAUGGUCGUGUGGGCGAUGGUUCAGAUUCAGCGCUGGGGUGGAGGUCGGCGCUAGAGUGAAUAGGUUGUUGGGGGUGGUGAAGGAACAGGAAACCAAGCGACGCUGAUUGGAGUGUUUCGAUAUUGUAGGUUGGUGCUAUGCAUUCCGUGUGUUGUGACUCCCAAAACCAGAAGCAAGUGAAUUGUGAUGCGGAGAAGGAGGGUUCAUCUGCUCUUGAUUCAAAGGGGCAAGCUAGCAAGGCCAGGGUCGUGGUAAGGAGGGAGUUUACAGUGUUGCAACUGGAUAGAGAGGACUAUCGAGGGAUAUGUUAUGUCUGCGCGCAGAAGUAGAAACUAGUUAAGUUGCAGUUCCGAUAAGCUAUUCAUGUUAAGAAUUUAUAGGCUCAAGUGGGAGAAAAGUAUCGGACCGGUCUGGUUGGAUCUGUGAGAGAUGGCUUCGGAUCCUGCCAAAACUGAUUUCACCCAUAUACCACCAUCGCUGCAACCAGAAUCAUACGCACAGGUGAAAGACUGCUCGGAGGAGGUGAGGGCAGCGCAUGGGAUUAAUUUCAGUGUGGAUCUGGUCUUGGCCGCCAAGCGCUACUUAGGUCUUCUUCGUAAUAUUGACAGCUUGCCUUGCCUUCAUGGAGGCCCUGGCGUCAUCCGCGCCAUUCAAAGAUAUGAGCAUCACUGGUUACCCUUGGUAGCUGACGCUCUGAAAUUCGACUCGCUUCUUAACUCCUCUUCCCGGGGGAAGAGCCUCUUGCCGCCAAUCGACGUGCAGUGGAUCUGGCUCUGUCAUUGUCUGAAUCCGGUAGAAUACAGAAAGUAUUGCACUCGGAGGUAUGGACGGGUUAUCGACUACCCCGUUCUGCCGGAUGUCGCGAGCGAGGUGAGUGCGCAGGAGAGAUGCAAGAAGUUGUGGACAAUUCUGUACCCGAAGGAGCCUUUCGACAUCUUGGCCACACUUGUCAAGCUCCCUGGGGGAUUUGGGAACCCAAAACAAGCGUCCUCGACUAAAGAAGUCGAUGGCUCAGAGCUUGCCCGAGAGCUUGUGUCAGUCGUUGAAAAGCAAAGCAGUUUCUACUACCAGGUCUCAAAGCGAUAUGUGUGGGAGGACUCAUUCCUCCUCACUGCGAAAGAAAGAUACAAAUGCUUUCUACACAUCUUGCGAAAAUUUCAGGGGAAAGUGUUGUGUGUGCCAACUUUCGAUAUCGAACUCAUGUGGCACGCGCAUCAGCAAGUGCCAGUGUCUUACGCCAAAGACACGGAGGCCAUCAUCGGAAGUGUUGUUGACCAAGCCGACAAUUUAGAGAGAGGGCCAGGCACUAAGUUCGGGAAUAGCUUCGAGGACACGGCGAUGCUGUGGGAGACUGUAUACGGACAUCCUUAUGAACAGGCAGGAACUCUCUACAGUGACUUGAAACCCGUGAAGCUGCCAGCCCCGCCGUCAUCCGAAGUCACAGGGAGCUUACAUGUGCUGGAAAGAGUACCCGUGUUUCUACCCUGGGAUUUUCGAAGCAAAGAUCUGAAUGCCACGAAGUACCCUGUCCUCACUCAGAGACUUGUCUCGCAAGUUUGUGUGAUGAUCAAAGGCACUUCGAACUUAGUGACGCCAGUCGGGAUGAAGAAUGCGGAGCUUUUCGUGAGGUUGAAGGCGCUGGAGUCUUACAAGAUGCUAAAGCUGGAUGCUCUAGUGGCGCCUUCUAGUGAGCCCAACUGGCAGAAACUGUGGAUCCUGCAAUGCGAAGCUAAAACGAAAGGAGUGGUGUUGGAGUUGCGGUACCACGCCGAUGGAUGCCUUCGGACCUUGCGCAAGACAAAGCGCAUAGGUGGGAUGAGAAUCACGUGGUCGGAGCUCCAGAAGAUGCCCAUGCUUUCACAGGAGGUCGUGUGGACGCUAGGGAAGAAACGGAUCAAUUCCCACGCUGGAACGCAUCCCGUACAGCUCCGCCUUGGAAUUUCUAUGACACCUCCAGCUCUGGGUUCUUACUUGUUGAAAUCGGUUCCAGAUAGGGUCACGGAUGACAAGGGACAGAUGCUAUCCAGCACGAUAGUGCGCAUGAGGCGAAACCAACCGCAGAGCGGCCGCUGGGUAUCGCGAACUGUGCUCAAUCAUGCAGGCAAGGAGAACUUCGUCAUUCGCAUUAGAGCUGCCAAGGGUAUUUGGAAGAAGAACGGAGAUCGACCUGUCGGUGUAGAUUGGGAUGAUCGCAUCAUCAAUGUUCACGAAGGAGGGUGGAACUACGUUGCCAGCGGCAUUGGCAUUGCUUCUGAGAAGAUUAUCGGAACCGCCAAACCUAAAGCCCAUGAAUUGGAGGAGUAUAAACUAAGCUGGGCGUUGUCUACUGGAGAUACCCUUGUCGUCUCUAGACCGAUGGGAGCUCUUGAUUGGGAGCGACAUCUUGAGUUCUUUCUCAAAACUCCUGACGCAAACGCCGGCUUGGCUCGACUAGUGAAUGGACGAAAGUUGCAGUACGAGGUGCCGGGUGCAACUUCGGAGGAGGAAGACGGCUUCGUAACCCUAAUACGGUACAGCUCACAGUGUCCGCUAGGCAGGGCAACUGCGCUCUUCAACUUCAAAGUCUCCAUAAUGGAGGUUGUUCCGGAGGAAGACGUCCUUCUAGUGCUGCUUCUUUGCACUGCCACUCUCCGCUCUAUAGCUGAUUUCGGCGGGUUAACCGCUGGCAAUGUUUACACCCGUCGACGGGCUCGUGAAAAAAGACCGGGACUCAAGGAUUGGGGCUCUGUGGUUCUAGAGAACGGUAGCAAGCAAUCCCCUCUCACCUCAUGGCACACGAAAUGCGCCGAAUUCAGCGACGACGACACGGAAGACGGUGAAAAUCUUCCCGGCCGAGUCGCGGCUGAUUGGGGAGGCGAAGAAUCCCUCCCUGCUUCACUCCCCGGAUCCCUACCGGGCUCAAGGCGAAUUCGCUAUCUGCCACCUGCUGCAGGUGUUGCACACGAAGUAGUCGCACAUGCAAAUACUGGAAUGUGGGGACGCAGAACGGGAAGCGGCAUUCAACUUGACAGAUAACCCAUGACACCAGGAUCCAUUGUAUGGGAUCUCCUUUUGUAUGAUAAUUUAACCAUGCGGUCGAUUGCAGGAGUGAAUCGAUUGCUGGUCUUCGGAGACUGCAGUCAAUCUCCGGACGUGACCUACCAAGGUUUGAUCAGUAUCUCUUUCUGUAGAGUAGUUCGCAGGGCGGAAUUGGCUGAUUGCGAAUUCAUUGGGUACGUUGAAGGAAGAAUAGUGGAAUAUCACAACGUAUUAUUGUAACCUGCCAUUACAGUGCACUUAUGGAAGCAAAUGAUUUGACGGAGUGAAGUCACGCAAGUGUAAUAGACCCUCCAUACUUUCACAUUUAGCAAAAUUUGUCUUCUAAAUAGAUACGGAUUUCGAGAUUGGAUUGCUGCUCGUUCUGACAGAAAGGUACCAUUUACAGGAAUGUUUUUGUAUAAUCUGUCUUCAUUUUAGUUGAUCCUUCAUAUAAUUUCUGGCGCUUUGCAGCCAGUUUCCAUCUGAAGAAAAUAAUAAAAUUCUUUUUAUA